GUCUAUUAAGUCAAGGAUUCCCGAAAGCAACUCAGCGUUCAAAUGGCCCAGCACAACCUUUACCCUACCCUUCGUCGUAUUUUCAGGUUCAUGUGUUAGACAAUGUGCCUUCUACGCUUCUACGCAUCGACGCAGAGGCUUAAGGGUUGAUGAAUACAAGAUCUUUGGAAUUCAAACACUUCGAUUUAAGAAUUUAUGUUCAGAUUUUAUUUAUUUAUUUACGACCUGAAAUCCACUGAGGUGGUGUUCAAGAAUAGCAAAAGAAAAUUGUUUUUGGUUUCUUUCUUAUCUAAUGUUUAUCAUCGUGUUUCUUCCACUCUUAUAGACUCGAAACUACUUGGAUGCGUGGUGUGUUUUCUUUUGGGCUGCAACACCAACAACUCUCUUUUCACAUAUGGACUUUAUGCACUCAUGAGACAUCAACUUGAUGCUGCAAUAGUAUUUUCAAAUUUAUUUCACAUAUGUACUUUAUGCUCAAUGGUAUUUUCUUUGAAUGCUUAUUUAUCAAAUGCUGUUGGCAGUUUGGGAGGUACGACAUGGUAGCGUGAUGGCACUGAGAGAGAUUUUAGCACAUCAAGGUGCUUCUGCUGGCGUAUUUAAACCUGACUCACCCAUGGGUGGGACCUUGUUUAUUGAAUUGGAAGACAAAAGUAUACCAACCACAUUGAAGAGAGAGAGGGAAAUUGAUUUAAAUAUGCAAUGUAAUGAAUCUACUGGCAGAAAUCUAUUCUCAAGAAGAUAUGGCGCCAAAUAUGUAUGAAGUUUUGAGAUUGGGAGACAAGGAAAUGGAAAAUGGAGGUGGUGGUUCUGGUGAUGGCGAUGGAGAAGAAAAUCCUUAUGUGCUUUCAACAUUGGCACAACGUUUGUGGCCCUUUAUGAGGCAUAGUAUCACAUCUGUUCGCUAUUCUGCAAUACGGACUUUGGUGGUACAAUUGUUGAUGUCUUGCCAUGAAUUUUCUAUCUUCAGGAGAGGCUACUUGAAGCUGGAUAUAAAAGAAGCAUGUCUGAGUUGUCUGGUGCUUCAUUCUGGCCCUCUUCUAUAUUUGGAGAUACCCUUAGAAUCGUAUUCCAGAAUCUGCUAUUGGAAACAAAUGAAGAUAUUUUGCAAUGUUCUGAGAGAGUUUGGAGUCUCCUUGUUCAGAAAUGGAGAUGUGGACACAUGUGUUACUCAUACCCGAGUAGUUACAGCAACUGCUUUGGGAUAUUUUGCUUCUAAGCUGCCAGUGGGUUCUUUAAAAUAUGUGAUUGAUCCACUAUGGAGCUCUCUAACCUCUUUCUCUGGUGUCCAACGCCAGGUUGCAUCUAUGGUACUUAUUUCUUUGUUCAAGGAGAUUAAGCUCAAGAAUUCGUCCAAAAACCUUGAUGGCCUGGUGCCCUCAAAGGUUGGUUGCUGGACUGUUGGGUAUUGGGCUCCCUUCCUAUGUGGAGAAAAGGCCCAAAAUUUGAGAAGCCCAUGUCUCACUUAAACCUAGUGGAGAGGAGGCUAUAAAAUAAA